AUGUCCGAGAGCCCCGCCAACCACUCACACAAGAAAAGAAAGGGGGGCAACUCAUGGCAGAAGCACACCCCACGGUCGACCAUUGAAACUGGGGACUGGGGAGUGUUCGUCACCUGUGAAAGGGGGAGAGAAAACAAAUGUGCUGCAGAAGUCAUCGAUUUAUUCACUGAGAAUGUGGACCUGCCUGGACGUGGCGGGGAUGAAGCCGAGUAUGGCUCUGAGGAGGACGAUAUCGAGGCUCAGAUUCGGAAAGAAAUUGAAGGCUUGAAACCAAGCACGUCGAAAAAAUCAUCGUUGUUCGAAGCGGUCAAAUUCGACCUUCCGUGUAUAAUAUUUGUGCGAUUCGAUAAAUCAAUCAAUCCCGAAAAGCUAGUGCACCGGAUUUGUCUUGAUUCGCAUGCUAGUCCAGAGCAAAAGCGCAGCCGCUAUAUCCAGCGACUGACACCUGCGCGCUCUAUUCGCAAGACUCUCAGCGUUGACUUGCCAGAGUUCGCGAAAGAGAUGCUUAAGGCAGAAUUCCACUCUGGCGGCCCACCGAAGAAGUACGCCAUUCGACCUUCCGUAAGAGGCAAUAAGAAAUUUGACAGAGACACCAUUAUCAAGACUGUCGCAGAUAUCGUGGGACCUGAGCAUCCGGUUGAUCUGAAGAAUUAUGAUCUGUUAAUUCUAGUCGAUAUUGUCCAGAACGUCAUGAGUAUGAGUGUUGUAGGGAGUGAUUAUGACAAGUUGAAACGAUUCAACCUCGCUGAACUCUAUAACCCUGAGCCAACACCUCAAGAACCCUAA